AUGCAUUUCCAUCGCAAAAAAGAGCCACGCAUGGUUCGAGGACAUCGGGAACAAUCGGUUCUCUUGACGCAAACUGAAUUACAGGAUUUACGAGCUCGACAACGGACGUUUGAAGGUGCUUAUUGGCGUACUGCUCUUGCAGCAUUUUCGACCGGGUUGCUCAUUCUCAAGGUGUUCACUCGUGAAUUCUACAAGAUUGGCAUUACGUUCUUUGUGUUUGGGUUGGCCAUGUUGGCUAUUGCUGUUUGGAGGCGGCGAACGGCAGGCGAUGUAUUCGACCUUAGUAUACCUUUCAAAACAAGUGGCGACUGGGUCAUUCUCACCACAGCAGUAACCAUGGCGACGUACAUUGUGCUCUUGGUCUUAUUACUCAAGCUAUGA